AUUUGUUCCUUUCGCAAACCAUUCAUUUCUUCUUAAGCUCUCCACAAUCACACUCUCUAUCAGAAACACUUGGAUAUACUUACUAUUUGAUAAUUAUAUAAAGAUAUUUACUUCUCUUUACUACAAAUUUAAUGGAGAGUUUCUGCAAGACUAAGCCAGCACCCAUCGUCUCUAAUGACCCGUUGAACUGGGGUGCGGCGGCUGAGUCGAUGACUGGGAGCCACUUGGAUGAAGUGAAGAGAAUGGUGGCGGAGUACAGGAAGCCGGUCGUCCGUCUCGGCGGCGAGACGCUAACAAUAUCCCAGGUGGCUGCCAUUGCCGCCGGUGGCGAUGUCGACGGAGUUAAGGUAGAACUUUCUGAGUCGUCAAGGGCCGGAGUUAAGGCUAGUAGUGAUUGGGUUAUGGAGAGUAUGAGCAAAGGUACAGACAGCUAUGGUGUUACCACUGGCUUCGGUGCGACAUCACACAGGAGAACCAAACAGGGCGGUGCCCUUCAAAAGGAGCUAAUCAGAUUCUUGAAUGCUGGAAUAUUUGGUAAUGGAACAGAGUCAUGCCACACUCUCCCUCGCUCUUCAGCAAGAGCAGGUUUGCUCGUUAGGAUCAACACGCUUCUACAAGGCUACUCCGGUAUCAGAUUUGAGAUCUUGGAAGCCAUGGCCAAGCUCCUCAACAACAAUGUCACCCCAUGUUUGCCAUUGCGUGGAACAAUCACUGCAUCUGGUGACCUUGUGCCUCUAUCUUACAUUGCCGGUUUGCUCACGGGCAGGCCUAAUUCCAAGGCCGUCGGCCCCAACGGUGAAUCCCUCACCGCAAAGGAAGCUUUCAAAGUUGCCGGCAUCGACUCCGACUUCUUCGAGUUGCAGCCCAAAGAAGGACUUGCACUUGUUAACGGCACUGCUGUUGGUUCAGCUGUGGCUUCUACUGUUCUUUUUGAGACCAACAUUCUUGCUGUGUUGGCCGAAGUCCUGUCAGCAAUAUUUGCGGAAGUGAUGAAUGGUAAGCCCGAGUUCACUGAUCACUUGACUCACAAGUUGAAGCACCACCCUGGUCAGAUUGAGGCUGCAGCCAUUAUGGAACACAUUUUGGAUGGGAGCGCUUAUAUUAAAGAGGCUCAGAAGCUUCACGAGAUGGAUCCUCUUCAGAAGCCAAAGCAAGAUCGCUAUGCACUUAGGACAUCACCCCAAUGGCUUGGACCCAUGAUCGAAGUGAUUAGAUUCUCAACCAAGUCUAUUGAAAGAGAGAUCAACUCAGUGAACGACAACCCUUUGAUUGACGUUUCAAGGAACAAGGCUAUUCACGGUGGCAACUUCCAAGGGACCCCAAUCGGAGUUUCCAUGGACAAUACCCGUUUGGCUGUUGCAGCAAUUGGUAAGCUCAUGUUUGCCCAAUUUUCUGAACUUGUCAAUGACUUUUACAACAAUGGUCUGCCUUCAAAUCUCUCUGGUGGCCGCAACCCAAGUUUAGACUAUGGCUUCAAGGGAGCUGAAAUCGCCAUGGCCUCCUAUUGUUCGGAGCUUCAAUAUCUUGCUAAUCCGGUGACUACCCAUGUCCAGAGCGCUGAACAACACAACCAAGAUGUGAACUCUCUCGGAUUGAUAUCUUCAAGGAAGACUGCUGAGGCUAUUGAUAUUCUCAAGCUCAUGUCCACAACAUUCUUGGUUGCCCUUUGCCAGGCCAUCGACUUGAGACAUUUGGAGGAUAAUCUAAGGCGGACAGUUAAGAAAACUGUGAGUCAAGUGGCUAAGAGAGUGCUGACGACCGGCGUUAAUGGCGAACUCCACCCAUCAAGAUUUUGCGAGAAGGAAUUGCUUAAAGUUGUUGAUAGGGAAUAUGUCUUUACGUACAUUGAUGAUCCCUGCAGUGCUACCUACCCAUUGAUGCAAAAACUAAGGCAAGUACUUGUCGAACAAGCUUUGGUUAAUGGAGAAAAUGAGAAGAAUCCAAACACUUCAAUCUUCCAAAAGAUUGGAGCUUUUGAGGAAGAAUUGAAGACCCUUUUGCCUAAAGAGGUUGAGAGUGCAAGGAUUGGUGUGGAAAGUGGGAAUGCAGGCAUAUCGAACAAGAUCAAGGAGUGCAGGUCUUAUCCAUUGUACAAAUUUGUGAGAGAGGAGUUGGGGACUGGUUUGCUUACAGGAGAGAUUGUUAGAUCACCAGGAGAGGAGUUCGACAAGGUGUUCACUGCUAUGUGUCAAGGAAAGAUCAUCGAUCCCAUGCUGGAAUGUCUCAGUAGCUGGAACGGUUCCCCUCUUCCAAUCUGUUAGUUGUCUUUAUUAAUUGUUUUUUCUUUGUUCUUGAAGUAUCAACCACGCUUUAAAUAAGUGUUGUAAAACUAUUAUUUGUGAGAUGUAAUUUUGAUUCUAUUUUUUAACUUUUCUAUAGAUUAACUUUCCAUGUAACUACACAACAAAAGAUUUACUUAAAUCACACGGAUGAAUAUUACAUUUAAGGGCGUACUUUGGUACGAGUAGUUCAAAAUAAUCUAAUUCAUUGAAAUGUUAAAGGAGGAAGAUAGGAUUGUAUGGAAACUUGUAAACUAUUUUUGGUUGUGUUGGAAUAUUUAGUCAUAUUCUUCUUGUUAA